CGCUCAUUAUACUUCCUAUUAUUUCUGCUUGACUGAAUUACAACUGUUUUACAACUCGUCCUAGGAAUUCCACGUAUUUAACAGUCUAAUUAUACCUUGUUGGUGAAUAGAAAGUAGAAUAUGGAUGACGGAUUUAUGAUUGGAUUUUUAUUGUCUCUUUCUUUAAUAUGUUUUGUCAAUGGACUAGCAUGUUACAGUUGCUCGUACAUUACUAAUGACGUUAAGCUUGGUUACGAAUGUGUGAACGCUCCGGCUAACGUUACCACCGCCAACACUGUUCAGUGUGCCAACGAUAGUUUCUGUUAUACUAGAAUACAGUACAAUAAGAAUACCCUGGAGGUUCAUUCCAUUACCAGAGGAUGUGGAAUAAGCGCUUCCCUGGAUUGUGGCAGGAACUGUUGUUCCACUGACAACUACUGGCACACUUGUUUAACAGACUGCCUCGCUGAUAAUGAAUUCUGUAACGACAAAGACAAGUCGAGGUACACUGCUGGAACGACCAACCCAUCUAUCAGAAAUCCCCGAAGUUCUUCCGAAAAAUUCCAUAAUUCCAUAUCUGAACUGAUGUUUACUUUAUUCAUAUCUUUAACAUUAAAAUUUUUAUAACUCUU